UGAAGAAAGAUGCUUCUUGAGUCCAUAUUCUGGGGCAGCACAUUUAAAGAUGGAAGGCUAAAAGAAAUGCCCAAAUGGGAAGGCAACGCAGCAUCCAGGCAAAAUCUGGUUGGAGAGAUCUGUUCUCAUGAUUAGUGAGUUUCCCCAGCCUGCCUGUAGGUGGGUGUGUUUAACAGAAUGAAGCCAUGGGAACCAGCCUGUCAGCCAGCCUUUCAGGCUAAUUAGCUCAGCAUACAACAAAGAUAAGUGAGCCCGAGAGGAGGGCCCUGGGGGGUCUUUAGAUUCUGGGAAAUGUCUGAUUGGCAGAUGUUAAAAGGGAUUCUUUGGUAAUCCAGUGCAUCAAUGAGCUGCACAAAUUCAGUCCAGAGCUGCAAGAAUUCAGGCAUGAGGAGACUGUGCAGGAGGCUUGCACAGGCAGACCCGAGAUGGACAGAACCUUGGAAUCUCUGAGGCACAUCAUUGCCCAAGCCUUGCCUCACAGAGACCCGGCUUUGGUCUUCAAAGACUUGAACGUUGUGUCGAUGUUACAGGAAUUUUGGGAAAGCAAGCAGCAGCAGAGGGCCACAUUCUCCAGUGAGGGGCUGGUGGUCUAUGAGUCAAUGCCCUCCUCUGGGCCUCCCUUUGUGAGCUACGUGACUCUCCCUGGAGGGAGCUGCUUUGGCAACUUUCAGUGCUGUUUAAGUAGAGCCGAGGCCAGGCGGGAUGCUGCUAAAGUGGCUCUCAUCAACUCUCUCUUCAACGAGCUGCCCUCCCGAAGGAUCACCAAGGAGUUCAUCAUGGAGAGUGUUCAGGAAGCAGUAGCCUCCACCAGGGGCACUUUAGACGACGCAGAUGACCCCAGCACAAGCGUGGGAGCCUAUCACUACAUGCUGGAGUCUAACAUGGGGAAGACAAUGCUGGAGUUUCAGGAACUAAUGACCAUUUUCCAACUACUGCACUGGAAUGGAAGCCUGAAAGCCCUCCGUGAAACAAAGUGUUCUCGACAGGAAGUCAUCUCCUAUUAUUCCCAGUACUCUUUAGAUGAAAAGAUGCGCAGCCACAUGGCCCUGGACUGGAUUAUGAAGGAACGUGAAUCACCAGGAAUUCUCUCUCAAGAGCUGCGUGCAGCCCUAGGGCAGCUGGAGGAAGCCAGGAAGGCUGGACAAGAACUACGAUUUUACAAAGAAAAAAAAGAAAUCCUGAGCUUGGCUCUCACUCAGAUCUAUGACCCUGACCCUACCUCGCCUAGUGAUGACCAGCUGAGCCUCACAGCUCUGUGUGGCUAUCAUUAGCAUGGCCAGGUCUCAGGUUUUCUGAGGACUUUCACAUCAAGAAUCUACUUGACAGAAGUUGUUAGAGAUUUUAGCAUGAUAGUCAUUACCUGAAGGCUGUACUGCUCCUACACAGUUUGUUCAUAGACUGGGAGGCUAGGGUGGACUGGUCCAUACCCCAGCUUCCUACUUCAUGUAUGUUUUCAACCAUUCCCUUAGUGGUUCUACUUCAGAAUGAAAGAAUGACAACAAAAUUCCUUUAGAAAGUAUUCUUCAGGGUUUGAUCUAAUCUAAAAAGCCUAGUUGACAUGUGCCUUGCUAAAUUUUAUGCAUUGCUUCACACAACAGUCCAGUAUA